CAGAUCGAUUUGUAUUUAGGAAUUUCAACCAAUUUUAAAGCGGUCACAUUAACAAAGCUUUAAAUUACAGUAACUUCUUUUUUCCAAUAACUUCUUCACUUUUUUGUCGUCUUUGUGCUCGUGAAAAACUAAUUAUAAAAUUUACAAAAUGGAUCGAUACAAUCGUGUCUUUAGAGAUCCCGGGUCUCCACUGGCGCCAUUAACACCAAUUGCCACCGAAGAAGCUUUUACAUUUGACGAAGUCACGCCUACUGGCGGUGGUAGGAAGCAUAACGCGAGAUAUGGAAUUUUUGGGAUCCCGAAGGCCAAUAAUCUUACGGUUCCAUCACGCCGACACCCACAACCAUCAAAAAAGGGCUUAUCAAAUAGUAGUUUUCCCACUCGUUUCUCCAAAGAAUUUAUGCGCACGCGAUCGGUUUUUUCGCCAACGAGUCAAAGUACUCUUGCUGGGGAAUCCACACCAGCAGGCCAAUCCUGCAUUUCGAUAGAUUCGAAAUUACGGACAAAGAGGGAGAAGUUGGAUGUCAGGCUGCAGCAGGAGACGCGGCUAAAGCAGGAGGCAUCCAAGUUAAAAAGCGAGGCAUCCAGAGUGAAAAAAGAGGACUUCAAGAGCCCUAAGCCGAGUACUAGGCAUCCGCCACGCUACAAGCCCGGCUCCCCGGUGGAGCAUCCCACUUUGAGUCCCCGUGUCAAAUCCCUGCUGAACCGCACCGGAAACGAACAUCUAUCCGAACUAUUCACUCGCCAGGAGAUCGACAUCGAGGUGCUUAUUCAAAUGACCUUGGAGGAUUUGGCUGCGCUGGGCGUUCGCGGCGCCCGAGAGAUCCGAUUGGCCUUGAACAUUAUCCAGUUGGCCAAGCAAUUCUUUUAAUUGUAAUUUUAUGCGCAUUUUAAAUGUUUUAUGUCUUAUGGGUGUCAAUUUGUAUGUCAGUUUUAAUAAAUGUUUAAUGUAAGAAUAGAAGUUCAGCUUGAAA